GUGUUUCUCUCAGGUCCUGUCAGGACGCCACCACAAACUUUCAUGGCAGAACUGCGGUUGAAGAGUGAAAGGAAUUUGGGCUGACAUUUAUUUAUUCAGUGUUUUUAGCAGUUUUAGACAUGGAUCUGCAGAAACAGCUUCAAGGUCUUCCAUCCCCAGUGAAACUGUCCAAUGGAUUUAUCCUACCAGAGGGCAAAAUGACCCCCAAUACACUAUUUGUGGGAGGUAUUGACAUGAAGGUUGAGGAAAAUGAGAUUAGAGACUUCUUUGCUCGAUAUGGUGCUGUGAAAGAGGUUAAAAUUAUCACCUACCGAGGUGGAAUCUGCAAAGGGUAUGGUUUUGUAUACUUCAGUGAGGAUGUUGAUAUCAAAACAAUUGUUGAACAACAGAUCACUUUCAAAGGGAAGAAACUCAAGCUGGGCCCUGCCAUCAUGAAGGAGCGCAGUUCUCGAUCUAUCCAGUCUCCUCUGAUUGGUCCAUCCCAGUGGGUCAGCCCCUCCCCCUAUGUGUACUGUACCUGCUGCCCCCCAGGCAUGCCCCCACCAUCAUCUGUGCUUAAUGGAGGUCCUCAGUACCUACAGCCGUAUUCUUACCCCAGCUUUCCAGGAGUAAUGAUCCCUCAAGUGCCGAUGAACUAUGCACAGACAGCGUACAGCUACCCGCAUCCCCUGCAACAGUGGUGCAGUGAUCAAAGAACAAGGAUUAUAAAUCAGAACUAUGUGGACUGUGGGGUCCAGACGCUGCUGACUCUUCUUUAGUCUGUUUUAAGUGUGGACUUUUCUUCAAGGUCUUUCCCUUUCCUGUUUUGACCACAUUCCUAUGCGUCACCCUUUCACACUCAUUGGAUCAGAGGAUUUCAUCUUGAGGGAAAUGAACACGAUUCGGAAGAAAGCACCUCUGAUGUGUCAUCGGUGUGUUUGUGUUGUAGUUGUCAAAAAAAAAAAUCUAUGGGUGACAUCAGUGUGGGUGUGAUUCAGCCAAAAUCAUGGUGAUGUGGUAAUGUGUAAUUGAAUGCCACACUCAGGGUGGGUGAGCAUGCUCUUCUCUGGAGCUCACUUUACACACUGGUUUGUCCAUUUCUUUGGAUUGUCUUCGUGAUUUCGCUUUGUGGUACCAAACCUUAAACACUUUUAAGCUCACAAAUGUAUAUUUGUAUUUUAUGUUAUUUAUGUUGGCUUUUAAUUUUAAUGUUUGCACCUCUGUCGAUCUCCAAACGCUUGUUUUUUUGAGUAGAGAUGACCGUUUUAGAGGCUUCUGUAAAUUAGUUCAGUUUCAUCAACUUUGUUAGAUCUGAUUUGAACUGACAAACUUGUUAAAUUUGCACUUUGAGCACUUAUGUUCUGUUCAGUUUUUUUGUCUUCAGUUGACUUAAAAAGUUUCUGUUUUGGAUGUUUUAGCACUGCAUUUAGUGAAUUUGGCUUUCAGUUUGAUGAAGAUAUUUCAGUCAUGUACCUUGUUUCUGACUGGUUCUGAUUAGAGAACAAAAUCACGAUUAUUCUGGGGUAUGUAAAAAAAAAAAAAAUAAAUAAAAAAAAAAAAUGGGGUUGGCAUGUUUUUGUUUUUAAGUAAUAAUGGAAUAAAAGUGGUUCAUGUUUUUCACAAAUUAAAAUGUAUUAGUUUUUAAGGUUCACAAUACAACCCCCCACCACCGAGUUUCUCUUUCACCAAUUUUCACUUUUUUUGUCAUUUGGUGUAAUGUUUCAUGCCAAUCUAAACAGCUACUCAUCACUAGUAAUGAAGCAAUUGUGCAGUAUUGAUAACAUUUAGAGUAUAUCUGUAUUUCCCAAGUGCGUCUCCCAUGGCCUCAUGGGAACUGUAGUUUCUUCUGAUUGGCUUUGAUUGAUCACUGUUUUUUGGUUUUGGAUGUAUGCUAGUUUGUAUAAGGUUUGGUGUCUUGUUUAAAAAUAAAUAAAUUUAAAGUUUAAGCAUU